AUGGCACUGACGGCGGGCGGAGGUCUCUUGCGCGCAAACCUCCCAGCCCUGCUGGCAGUUGUGCUGCUGGCGCUGGCCGCUGGCGUGACCGUGGCACCCAAGAUGCUGGCCCUGCUGCCCGUGCUGGCUCUCGUAGCCCCCAUCUUCGCCGUGAUAUCCUGCAGACUGAAGACCCGCGGGCGGCCGCCCAAACACAAGCUCAAGCUGAAGUCGUUGCUGGCACUGUUGCCACUGGCCGAUCAACCUGUCAAGUGCGGUGAGCUCGAGAACGUGUUGGCCGACAUGCGCAAGUACAUCGUCAAUACAGUCCAGCACUCCCAAGCCAAGCUCGCCUCAGACUUGUCGAAGGUCACGUCGAAGGCUGUCACCGCGGUGGUGCGCAAGCAAGAGGUCAAGAACGAGGAGAUCGAUAUGCACUUGCGCGACCUCGACCGUGGUGUUGCCAAAGUUGAAAGUGAACAGAAGCAGAUGCGCGAGCAGCUCGAAGACAUGCGGAAGCAGCUUCACAUCAUGGAUAUCGAAGCCCCCAAAGCCUUCGACAUCUCCGACGCGGUCAACUUCACCCGGCCUGCCAACAAAACGAUCUUCGUGGCCAGCGCUAAAGAAAUGGUUACUCUGGACGAGGUCACCCUGUCUGUCAAGCCGUGGAUCGAAGCAGCUGGGUUUUCUGACACGCGGUGGAAG